AUGCGUUCUCGCUGGUGCGCUCUCUCUGUUGCCGUCCCUACUGUUGCUCUUUCCCUGCUUCUUGCGACUGUGCCGGCCGACGCGUCUCUUGUCGUCAACCAGGCGCUACCAGUAGACAGGCUGCUGGCGAAACGGGAUGACCACCAUCAUCAUAUGGGUGCUCCUCUCGCCGAACUCAACGAGACAGAAGUGACGCUCCAUCAUGCCCCCAUACCACCAUCAUGGUAUACGCUAGACUUUGAAAACGACCCUCCCACAGACCACCAAUACCCUGGGCUCAUGUUCAUGCAUGUGGUGAUAAUGUGUCUUGCAUUCUUCGUCGCGCUUCCCGCAGGCAUCAUCAUGCGGUCUGUCAAGCAUUCAUGGCAUGGCGCUAUUAUGGUCAUCUUCUAUGGGCUAUCUGCUCUAGGAUGCGCCUCAGUCGCGUUGUACAAAAAGCUCACUCCCAACAUGUACGAAGGUUCCGCACACGGAAGGCAGAGCUAUCUAAUACUGGUUGUCACGCUCAUGUUAACGUGCAUCGACCUACUCAAUGUUUUCCGUCGGAUUGUCUCGUUCUUUCGGGGCGGUAACAAAUUUGUGUUGCGAAGCUUCUGGAACGCCGCCAUUUUAGGAAAAGAUGACUCGCUGUUACAUAGUUUGCCGGGCCCAGAGUAUGCGGGUUUAGGCACGGAGGAGCCCGAGCAGUAUGAGCUGGACGACCCCAAGGCUUCUAGUCCGGUGUCUGAUAGGCACGUUCACUACGGCGACGAGGUCAUCCACGGAGAUACAGCGGAAUGGGCCAACAAUGUAAACCGUCAUCACAGGGAAUUUUCUCAUCCGGCCGCCUCAGAUCGUACGCUCUUUGGGGCGCGUUCUUCUCAUUCAGACGACUUCCCCGAUAUGGAUUUCAAAUCGCCCAAAACCAAGGUCACUUUGCUCAGGCGGAUAGGCCAGGGUGUGUUUGCGACGGUCGAGAGAUCAAUCGUGAUUGCCGCGUACGGUGAAGCGGUUCUCGGUGUCGUGAUCUACACUGGUGGCUGCAGAGGAAAUUACACAAAUGGAUGUCUAGCUCAUCUCAUCAAGGGUGGCAUUUUCUGGUGCUAUGGCCUGCUCACCUUUGCACGUUUCUUGGGCUCCUACGCCGACCUCGGCUGGGCUUGGAACAGAGCGCCAAACAAGGAGUACGUCAGCGCGGAAUUUGUGGAAUCGCUGGUUAUAUUUCUUUACGGGAUUACGAACACCUGGAUGGAGCGCUUUGGCGCCAAAACUGGAGACCCGUUUACUACGAAACAGAUUCAGCAUAUUGGCAUCGCUGUAAUGUUCUGGUUUGCUGGUCUCGUGGGUAUGGCCCUUGAAUCAAAGAGAAUCAGGAAGUGGAUGGCCUCUUCGACUAUCGCAGCCUUGCCCUCUAAUGGUUCUAAAGAGGCUGUUGCUGAACCUCCUAGCUAUAUCGCGAGUUUUAACCCUUUCCCCGCCUUGGUUAUCGGAGUGACGGGAGCUGCAAUGUCAGCUCACGCACAGACAUAUGUAUUCCAAGUGCAGAUACAUAUGCUCUGGGGCUACCUUUUGGCUGCUUUCUCAGUUCUCAGAUGCUUGACCUACUUCUUCGUUUGGCUUGGUCCCCCUCGUUCCAUCCUUCCCUCUCGACCACCCACAGAGGCUUUGGGCAGCUUCUUCCUCGCUUGCGGAGGACUCUCUUUCCAGUUCUCGACGGAAGAAUUGACUAUCGCAGCUAUGCGAAGAGGCCGUGAUGAUGUUAUGAUGUUCAUGAAUGUUGCUGUUGCAAUGACCUGUCUGGCCUUCACCUGGACGAUCUGUGUUGUUGGUUUCAAGGGUUACUUGAAAUCACGACUGAACCCCCAAGUGUCGUAUCAUAGUUCUGCAUGA